CCAUGGUAUCUUAUCCCACGGAUAUUCGUAUCGCCUUAAGCAGAGGAGCCCUAAAUUCGCCAUAGCCAAGGGUUUGCGAGCGAGCACAGCAGCGCUGUUGUUGAGCGAUUUCGUCCGCCGCGCCUCUCGACUUCUUCUUUUUGUCGAUUUUCCUGCCACUGCCGAAGGAUUGAAAGGGUACUGCGCAUCGUGUUUUUCAUCUUUGCCGUGCCUGCGCCUUUGAUUGCAUCAUCAUUUUUCGAGUCAUUCAAGCUGGUUCCUCACAGCAAAGGGGAUUUUGUUUUCCAUCUGAGAUAUGUGUCAUUUUUGAGUGCCUGCCAUGCGCACUUGUGCGUCGUUUCCUCGCCAUGGUUUUUACCUCGCCCCUGUGGUCUGGCUUGAAUUGCCUGGUCCUUCCCGGGUCCGGUGUAGAGGGCGGUUAAGUCUGUGUGAAACUCGCAGCCAUUUUGGCUAUUGCUGCUCUCGAUACUCCAGAGACAAAGGUGGAGGCUGGUAUCAUUUAGUUAAGGGAAGCUAGCUUGUAGUUUUUUUUUUUCUUGUUCUUCGUGUUUCUGGUGACCACCGAAAGCGUGAGAUGGACUGCUCAAUGGCAAGCUCUGCUGCUGCUGCUGCUGAUGAAGCCGGAAGACUGGAAGACAUUGAAGCUGUAACGGCACAACUCUGGUCCGUGAAAGUUGCCGACUUCUCGGAGUUUGUUAUGGAACGUCCCGAGGCCGCCUGCAAAGAAGAGAAGAUUGAGGCCGCCUGCGAGAUUGCUGCCGAAGGCUCGUCUGCCUUGAAGCAUGGUUUUUCGCCGUCGUGGCUCUGUGCAAUCUGUCUGGAGAAGAUACGAGUGGAAGACACGGCACAAAUCAAAGGCUGCGACCAUGCUUACUGUGCGAACUGCAUCCUGAGAUGGGCUUCCUACAAGGAAAGUCCAUGGUGUCCUCAGUGCAAGCUUCCAUUUUCUUCUUUGUUUGUCUGCAAGACACUUGAUGGAAGGAUGAGUGACUUCAUGGUUGAAGAGAGCGUUUGUCUUCUGCUGAGGUCCACCUGGUUCAAGCCUCUCCCUCCUGCAGCCGCUCAAGAGCCAGAAGACGUUGAGGAUUACCAGGACGAGGAUGAGCUUUACGAAGAAGAGUAUUACUACACUUCGAACGUCCGGCUGGGUAACAGGCGGUGGGGUGACAGUGGCUAUGUUCGUGGUGGGAGAAAGGAAGCACGCCCAGUAAGUGUUCGUCAGGUGACAGCCGGUGAAGGAAGUGCUUCAGGCGGUGGCAAGGGAAAAGACGUCGUGAAAGAAAGCGUGAGCGUUGGACGACGAGCGAAACGGGCUCAGAAGCGUGUGGAAGCUGAGCUCAAGCUCAAGCAGAAGGAUUGCAGCGACAGCACGCUCGUCUAGUGUCAAUCAAGAGACGGCACAGGAAUAAGAUCCGAUCCAGGGACGGCACAGGAAUAAGAUCCACUCAGAAGCUUUUUGGCUGGAAGUCUAAAGGUUCCUCUUUACGAUACAAUAGAAAACAAGCUUGUGGUAUAGUUUUUCCUCGUUUUAUAUUGUGGCAAGUGAAAGGUCAGGGGUUUCUAUUCAA